CCUCCAUUUGUUUUCGCGAAAAUUAAAAAAACAAAACAAACACCCCAAAACCGGCCCCGUUCUCUCUCUCUCACAAAAAAAAACCCAAACCCCCGUUGCGCCUUCGAACCCCCCGCCACCAACUCUAAACUCGCCGACCCUGGAGGUGGCCGGCGGAGGUCGUCGCCGCCCCUGGAGGUCGCCCCAUUCUCUCUUUCUCUCGCACAUCAAAAAACCCCUGUCGAAGGUCGUCGCCGCCCCUGAAUCUCUCCACAAGAGCCAGACCAUCACCGACAACACCGUGACCAUCCUUGGAUCCUUCGAUCACCGCCUCUCCGCCCUCGAGGCCGCCAUGAGACCGACUCAGGUUCGGACGCACGCGAUUCGGAGGGCGUAUGAGAAUAUUGAUAAGACGCCUAAGUCGGCUGAGGUUAUUCUCGGUCAGUUUGAUCUCACGCGUCAAGUAGCUGGUGUUAUGGGUUAAUCUCAGAAAAACCCCCUGACAUAUUUUAAUUCGAAUAGAAUGGACCCCUUUAAACUGUGGGUGUUUUUCAAAUAACCCGUGACGUUUUUUAUUCCACUACAAAUUUGGAAAUCCCAAUAUCCCACUCCAAAUUUGGGGGUGUUCCGAUGAAACCCUUGUUCCCUCCAAUUUGGAGACUAUCUUCAUCUUCCAUCAUUAUACGUAGGACUCAAGUUUUCUUCAGAUUAUAUCACCACGUAAAGAAACCCAUUAGCCUAUCUCACCUUCAUCCCUACACUUCUCCAUUAAAUUCCUCUGAGAAACCCAAGUACCCAUUUCUCUAUUUAUUGGAUUCUUGCACUGAUCCUUUCUCGGUAAAGAAAAUCCACACCCAUCUCAUUGUUCAUGGCCUCACCCAAAUCCUCCCUUUUCAAACUAAGCUGUUGAGCUCGUAUGGUUCUUUGGGGAACACUAAGUAUGCACGCUUGGCGUUCGAUAGAAUUCCGAGCCCAGAUCUCUAUUCAUGCAAAGCAAUGCUAAAAUGUUAUGUCAUGAAUGGUUGCUUUGAUAAAUCCAUUGGGUUUUAUUGGUACAUGAGAGAAUGUGAUGUUGAGUACGAUAAUGUUGUCUUCUCUCUCCUGCUUAAAGCUUGCAUCAAGUUGGUUGACCUCGAUGAGGGGAAGAAGCUACAUUGUCUUGUAGUUAAAGUUGGAAAUCCCGAUAUUUUCUUACUGAAUGUUUUUGUUGAUAUGUAUGCAAAAUGUGGAGACUUGGAUUCUUCUGUGGGAGUGUUUGAGGAAAUUCCUCAUCCAAAUGUAGUUUCUUGGGCUUCGGUCAUAACGGGUUGCAAUCAGAAUUAUCGCCCAGAAAGUGGAUUGCUUCUUUUUAAUCGCAUGAGAUUGGCUGAUAUUGAACCAGAGGAGCAUAUAAUGGGAAGCUUGCUCACAUCAUGUUCGAUGGUAGAGUCUCCACAUCAAGGAAAGUGGAUUCAUGGUUUCGUAUUGAAAACUGGAAUGUGCAUGAACGCUUUUGUGGCUACUUCAGUGUUGGAUAUGUAUAUCAAAUGUGGAGAAGUUACCGAUUCUCGGGCCUUUUUUGAUGAGCUUGACGACAUCGAUCUUGUUCUAUGGACUGCCAUGAUUGUUGGCUACACUCAGAAAGGAUUCCCAAGUGAGGCAUUGAAGUUGUUUUGUGAUAAGAAAUGGGCAGGCUUAGUUCCUAAUUCUGUUACCUUAUCAACUGCCCUCUCUGCUUCUGGUAAAUUGUGUAUGUUGCAUUUGGGUAGAUCAACUCAUGUGCUAGUGUUCAAACUAGGCCUUGAAGAGGUAGAAGAGGUGGGAAACUCUCUUGUUGAUAUGUAUGCAAAGUGUGGUGCCAUUUCCGAAGCUGACUGUGUGUUUAAGAGAAUACUUAACAAAGAUGUUGUCACAUGGAACGCAAUGAUUUCAGGCUACGCACAGAAUGAUUUUGGGCAUGAAGCCUUGGAACUUUUUAAUCAAAUGAGAUUAGAUGGUUGCUUGCCCGAUGCUAUCACUGUGGUUAGCGCUCUCUCAGCGUGUGUUUGUUUAGGAGCUCUAUGCACUGGUACUUCAUUCCAUUGUUAUGCAGUGAAGCAAAAUUUUCUAUUUAAUGUCUAUGUCAGUACAGCUCUUCUGAACCUUUAUAAUAAAUGUGGGGACUCGUUCUCAGCUCGUAGAGUCUUCGAUGAUACAAGAAAUAAAAACACCGUGACUUGGUCUGCGAUGAUGGGUGGAUAUGGGAUGCAAGGGGAUCCUGCAGGAUCUCUUGAUCUCUUUAGCAAAAUGUUGGAGGAAGAGUUGAAACCAAAUGAUGUAACAUUUACUUCUAUUUUAUCAGCUUGUAGUCAUGCUGGUUUAGUUGAUGAAGGCCAAAAGUACUUUGAGAGAAUGACACAAAAGCACAACAUAGCCCCAUCAAAGAAGCAUUAUGUUUGUAUGGUAGAUAUGCUAGCUAGAGCAGGGAAGGUCGAAGAAGCUUUGAAAUUUGUAGAAAGAAUACCUGUUGGAACUCACGUUAGUGUGUGGGGGGCUUUGCUUAAUGGAUGUAGACUGCAUUCGAGAUUGGAUAUCGGAGAAGUUGUAGUGAGAAGGAUGAUGGAAAUGGAACCGGAGAGUCCAGAUUAUUAUGUGUUGAUGUCUAAUUUGUAUGCGUCGGAUGGUAGAUGGGCUGAAGCAAAUAAGAUCAGAGAGUCAAUGAAGGAAAAAGGUAUGAGCAAGUCUCCAGGCUCUAGUAUCAUUAGUAUGGAUCAAGGUUCAGAUCGCCUUGCCUUAAACUUUUAGGACAUUUGGGAAUUUGUAAAAGGG